AUUCUACGCUAUUUGAAAACAAUCCAUUGUCCGGCGCAUAUUCUCCUGCGACGAACCCCACGACAGUUUUACGCUAUCAAUACAUACCUAAUGACAGUAAAUCGGCACACCACUCCACGAUACAAAUGGUUGGUCAAGAAAAUGAAAGAAGCAAUAAAAGAAAUUGAAGAAGAAUUGGAAAAAGAUGAAAUCGGACCACGUGACAAGUCUAGCAAGUCCACAAAACGUGCGAAGGCGAAACAAACAGAGCUGUAG